CUACAUUCAUCACCUCUUCUUUUGUCUAAGCUCUUGUGUUAUUAUAUAAGCAUUUGGGUCUUCUCCAAACAUGAAAAGGAAGAGGAAAAACACCUAACACCUUCCAUUCACUUCUUUUUUCAGCUUUCCUGAUGGAAGAGAGCUCCAUCUAUUCCUCCACGAACAAACCUCUUUCUUCAUCUUCUUCCUAUGAAGAGAGUGGUUGGACUACGUAUCUUGAUGAUUUGUUACCAGAAGGGGAUAAAGAGACAUGUGUUUGUUCUAAUGGUUAUAGAAUUUCUUCCUCUCUAAUCUCUGAUGCUGCUUCUUGUGCUGCAUGGAAGCUUGACGAUCGAGCUGAGUGCUCGGCGCAAGCGUCUGAAAGAUUUAAGAAGUUGAAUUUUAAGAAGAGAAGGACUAGAGUUUUGGAUGAUGAUUCUUUGGAAGAUACUGCUAGUUCUCCUGUCAAUAGUCCCAAGGUUAGUGAACUACAACAAAAGGGUAUGAAACCAAACAAGAAAGAAGCUGAUGGAAGCAGUUUCCAGGAGAAGGAAGUUGGUUCUAGCAAUUGGAGAGACGUGCCGGCAGUUGAGAGAAAUGAAUUAGAUUUUAUUGAAAAUGAUUACUCAGAACUGAAGAAAAAAGGUCUUUGUUUGGUCCCAUUAUCCAUGUUAGUGAACCUUCUCUAAGUAUUCUCUCUCUCUCUCUCUC